AAAGAUCAGAUAUCACAAGCAUAACAUCAAAGAUUAUUGGAAACACAUUUGUAGGAGCAAGUUCAAGUAGUAAAAUGCACUCAACAGUAACAAGUUAUGGAACACAGUCAACAGUUACAAGUACUGUAAUGCCACCAAAUAGUGGAUCUAUGAUUUCAAGCUUAUUGUUUUCAAUUUUUGGUGCUAUUGGUGCUAUAGUAAUUGCAUGUAUCAUAGCAGUGAUUGUAAUUCUGGCCUGCAUUAUGUAUAGAAGGAAAAGUAACAGUGUAAAGAAAAAAGAAAGGGAUAUAAAUGAUGACACAGAAGUUGAGUUGAGAAACACAAACAAUCUACAAUCGACUGGAUUCGAGUUGUAUGCAGUACCAACUGCUGGAGGACAGUCUAUUGAAAGUCAGUACAGUGUCAUUAGGAAAGGUGAUAUAAUGGAAUAUGAAGAAGUACCUCCAUCAAUACCUCCUCAAUAUAAUUACAAGGAAAUAAAUGAUGAAGAGAAUGGACAAAGCCCCAUCUACUCUACAGUCAAUGCAAAUCAAGUGAGUAUAUUUCUGCUUAUAUAA